CCGUUCUACAUUAAGUGCAAACGCAAGUAGCAGAUCUCGUAGAAUUGACCAAUCACGUCAUUGUCAAUUGGCUGUCAAUUUUAUCAGUGCGAUUAGUCAAUUCCACGAGAUCUGCGACUUGCGUUUGCGUCUUGCGCUUAAUGUAGAACAGGCUUAAUAUCAGCUGUUUGCGAUAUCCGUGGCGUCGCGUGCAAUGAUGUUCUUCUUCGGCGGUGAAUUUUGUUUUGACGAUAAUUCUUUUCAGUCGGUUGCUUACGGUUAAAUAAAUGUAUACACUCGCAAAUCGAUCGAUACUAUUCGAAACUUGCGUGAAAUAUAAAUAUCAACUAAAAUGUUAUCACGUUUAUUUGUCAACGCGCUGAGUGCAUGCUCAGAACUCGGUUGUAUCAGAAGAAAUGUGCAGAUAACAGACUUUGCCGAAAAUUUCGCCGGCUUUCCUGCAAUAUCUCGAAUUCCUCGCAUUUAUUCGCAACCUGCAACGAUGGCUUCCACAGGCAAAGCAACUUUGGAAGCAUUUAUAAAUAUGUCUGGCAUCAAGUUAUAUAAGCGUCCCUUCACUGUGUGUGUUGAAGGCAACAUAGGAAGUGGAAAAACAACAUUUCUAAGUCACUUUAAGAAGUUUGACAAUGUCAGUGUAUUGGAAGAACCAGUAGAACUCUGGCGUGAUGUUGCUGGUGAAAAUUUACUGGAAUUAAUGUACAGUGAUCCAUCCCGUUAUGCUUAUUUGUUUCAAUCUUAUGUACAACUAACUAUGCUCCAGUUGCACACUUGCAAAACACCUUUGCCUUUUAAAAUUAUGGAAAGGUCUGUCUAUAGUGCAAUGUGUUUCAUUGAAAAUAUGAAGCGCAAUAACAUACUGAGUACAGCUGAAGUUAGCAUUUUAGAUGGGUGGUACAAUUGGUGUUUGAAAAAUGCCAAAAUUGAAACUAAUUUAAUAGUAUAUCUAAGAACAACACCUGAAAUUGUAUACAAAAGAAUGAAACAACGAGGCCGCAAGGAAGAAAAUGCCAUUUCACUGGAAUAUUUGAAGCAGAUUCAUCAGGUUCACGAUGAUUGGCUCUAUCAUCGAAUUCUAAAACCGGUACCGGCUCCGAUUAUAACCAUAAAUGGCGAUCGAGAACUUCAUGAAAUGGUGGAAGAGUUUGAAAAAUGUAAAGAUAAAAUUUUCAGUAAAGUGAUAGAUGACAGCGAUGUGAAUAACACAAUGAUUACAGUAUCGACAAAUUGUUUAUUACCCAAAAUUAAAGCGGGAAUCUUCGAUUAAAAUAUAAAAAUAAUAAGAAACAUUAACGAGUAUGUAAAAUAUGAUUAAACUUGAUGUGAUACAUUAAUUUUGUUGAUCACAUUUAUCUUUGUUGCGUACAUUUCAAAUUUGGUUCCGAAAAUAUGUUUGAUACACAAUAUUGUGACAGAUGACUUUGCAUCUGUCAUUGAUGUUUGAAACAUUUUCAAAAUUUUAAAAUUUAUUUAAUAUUUGUAAUCGUCGAGUUAUUACCGAUUGAAUUAUUACUUUGUUAAAAAGUUUAAAUUAUUGCGAUGUACAUACAUGUGCUUAUAUUAGUUUACCUCAGUUUGUAUUUAUAUUAUUUUAUUGGAAUAUUAAAUGUAAUCAAAUUUAGGUUUUUACAUAAUA